AGUCGGGGCGUCUCUUUCCUCUAAAGUACUCAGGGCCCAGUGAUCCUGCGGAGGAGUCCAAGGGGACUUCACACGCGCCACCAACAUGCCCAACUUCUCUGGCAACUGGAAGAUCAUUCGGUCGGAAAACUUUGAGGACUUGCUCAAAGUGCUGGGUGUGAACAUGAUGCUGAGGAAGAUCGCUGUGGCUGCUGCGUCCAAGCCAGCAGUGGAGAUCAAACAGGAAGGAGACACUUUCUACAUCAAAACCUCCACCACGGUGCGCACCACGGAGAUCAACUUCAAGGUCGGUGAGGAGUUUGAGGAACAGACCGUGGAUGGGAGACCCUGUAAGAGCCUGGUGAAAUGGGAGAGUGAGAACAAAAUGGUCUGCGAGCAGAGGCUUCUGAAGGGAGAGGGCCCCAAGACCUCCUGGACCAGAGAGCUGACCAACGAUGGAGAGUUGAUCUUGACCAUGACAGCAGAUGACGUAGUGUGCACCAGGGUCUACAUCCGAGAGUGAGGGAGGAGCCGAGCCUGCCUGCCGCUGCCUUUGCUCCCGCUUCUCCUUUCACACCUCCUAGGCUAGCUCUCCCCUGCCCCAUCACUUCUGAGGGUUGCCGGACACCUCCUGCAGGGUCUUUGUCCCCUCCUCCUCCCUCUGUGCCAACAAAGAGUGGUGUAGUGUAGGAGCCCAGGUCCCCUGCCGGCACCCCUCCCCGCUCCCCCGAGCCAGCAGUCCCAGCCCGGGACCAGCCCCAGCAGAACCUCUUUCCGCAAAGGGACCCGAGGCCUGGUGAGAAAGACUGGCCCCCUGGCUCCCACUUUUCAUCCCUGUAGAUUUUGCAGUUUAGGAUAUUUAUUGGU